UCUACGCUUUCCCUCGCAGAAGCAAAGCCCUAAACGCUCCAAUUCGCUCCCCGAUUCUCUACUGCUGGAGAGAAGUGAGCUUCGAAGACUAGUUGUGGUUGGAGAGAGAGAGAGAAGAGAAUGGCGAGCGACACAGAGAUGGGUAGCUGGACCGAUCUUCUCCACUCAUCCUCAAAGCUUCUCGAACAAGCCGCUCCCUCAGCUCAGUUUCCUCCUCUUCAGAGGAACUUAGAUCAAUUGGAGGCUUUGUCGAAAAAGCUCAAGGCCAAAACCCUAAGAACUGAAGCUCCUACUCAAUCUAUUGCUGCCACGAGGCUAUUGGCCCGUGAAGGAAUAAAUGCAGAGCAACUUGCUCGAGAUCUUAAAUCUUUUGAAUUAAAGACGACUUUUGAGGAUGUUUUCCCUGCCGAGGCAACAAGUGUGGAAGAAUAUCUGCAGCAGGUACAUGAGAUGGCAAUGGUUUCAGCUAUUCAGGAAGCUCAAAAGGAUAAUAUUAGAAGCUUUAAUGAUUAUAUGAUGACAGUUUUGCAGGAGGAUUGGCAAAAGGAAAAACGGGACUUCCUUCAAAGCGUGAGCCGGAUUUCUAUGUUACCAAAGACAAAUUUGGGUGUUUCAAAUACGGGGGGUGCUCGUCCUGAUCAAAUUAUGUCUUUGACUUCGGGAACUCAGGUUUCAUCUGGUCAGUCAAGCAUGGAGAUUGCACCUCUACCCAAUAAGCCUGUCCUUGAGAAAAAAGCUGCAUUCUAUGCUGACGUUGUUAAGAAUCUCAAUCAUGCAAGAGAGCGCGGUUUGCCAUUUAAGCCUGCUACAGCUUUCAAGGGUGCUUAUGAGAGUUUGGGGCUUGAUGUUUCUGGUGGGAAAUCGGUUACGAUGCAGAAAAUAUGGCACCUAAUUCAGACACUGAUGGGUGAGGGCCCAACUGUUCAGUGGAACGUUUCAAAAAAAAUGUCUUUGGUGAUUGGUGCAAGGCGCCACCUCGAAUGGGGACACGAGAAGUAUAUUGUAGAUACAAUACACAGUCAUCCUGCUCAGGCUGCUCUUGGUGGGGCUGUUGGCAAUUUGCAAAGAAUACAUGCAUUUCUUCGGGUUCGUUUAAGGGAUUACGGGGUUCUAGAUUUUGAUGCAGGGGAAGCUUGUCGGCAGCCUCCCGUUGAUACGACAUGGCAGAAGAUUUACUUUUGCUUGAGAACUGGGUAUUAUGAUGAAGCGAGGAAGGUUGCCUCAUCUUCGCGUGUUUCACUCCACUUUGCUCCUCAGCUUUCGGAAUGGGUUGCUACUGGAGGAAUGGUAUCACCAGAGACAGCUGCUGCUGCUUCAGAAGAGUGUGAGAAGUUGUUGAGGAUGGGUGAUCGUGUUGGUCGAGCUGCGUAUGACAAGAAAAAGUUGCUACUAUAUGCAAUACUAUCUGGUUCUCGUAGGCACAUUGACCGCCUUCUUAGAGAAUUUCCUACACUUUUCAACACCAUAGAGGAUUUCUUGUGGUUCAAAUUGUCUGCUAUCCGAGACUAUCCUGGAGGAUCUAAUUCUGUUGUCCCAAAUGAAGGAUAUUCACCCUAUAGUUUGGAUGAUUUGCAGGUUUACCUUAAUAAAUUUGAGCCAUCGUAUUACACAAAGAAUGGAAAGGACCCUUUGGUGUAUCCGUAUGUUUUGCUUUUGAGCAUCCAAUUGCUUCCUGCCAUGCUAUAUCUCUCCAAGGAUAUGGGAGAUGAAGGGUAUAACGUAGAUGCUGUGCACAUAUCUAUUGUGCUGGCGGACCAUGGUGUCCUUUCUGUUAGUGCUGAGGCAGGGCAAAAACUGAGGGUGAUGGAUGCUUUUGCGGAGGCAUCUAGCAUAAUCAGGCAGUAUGGAUCAGUCUAUCUGCGCCAUGAAAAUCUUUCGUUGGCAUUGGAGUAUUACGUGCAAGCUGCCGCUGCAGUGGGUGGUGGCCAAUUGUCAUGGAGUGGGAGAGGUAAUGUAGAUCAGCAAAGGCAGAGAACCUUGGUGCUGAAGCAACUCCUUACAGAGCUGUUGUUACGGGAUGGAGGAAUUAAUCUUUUACUUGGUCCAAGAGGUGCUGGAGAAGAAGGUGAACUGGAAAGGGUUUUUACUGAUGUAAAAACUAGACAACAGUUUCUGCUUGAAGCUGCUCACCGGUGUCAGGAAGCUGGGCUUUAUGACAAAUCUAUUGAAAUCCAGAAGAGAGUUGGUGCAUUCGCAAUGGCAUUGGACACAAUAAAUAAGUGCCUUUCUGAAGCAAUUUGUGCGCUAUCACGUGGUAGAUUGGACGGUGAGAGCCAUACUGCUGGGCUCCUCCAUUCUGGGAAUGAGAUUUUGCAGACGUACAAGUAUUAUCCUGAAGUCAGUCUUCAAGAGAGAGAACUUGUUUUGGAACAACAAACUGUGUUAAUGCAGCUUGACGCCAUAUUGUCUAUCCAUAAAUUGGCAAGAGUGGGUCGUCAUUUAGAUGCUCUAAGGGAGGUUGCCAAACUCCCAUUUCUUCCUUUAGAUCCACGAGCGCCAGAUUUAGCAAAUGAUAUGUUCCAGAGUUUAUCUCACCAUGUCCAAGCUUGUGUGCCAGACCUUCUGAAGGUUGCUCUUCAUUGCUUGGACAAUCUCACUGAUUCAGAUGGAUCACUUCGUGCCUUGAGGACCAAGAUUGCAAAUUUUCUCGCCAACAAUUUGAAUAGGAACUGGCCUCAAGAUUUGUAUGAAAAGGUUGUUCGAAGCUUGUGAAUAAUACUGCGGCUGUGGGGUAUUGCCAACGUCUAGGUUAAUUGCACUUGAGUGGCUUUUGUACAAAACAACAGUCUAUGACGGGGAGAAGAUCUUUGAGGAAGAAGUCUCCUCUGAGUUUUUUGUUUUGGUUAUGGUUUGGUUCUCUCUCUCUCUCUCUCUCUCUCUCUCUCUCUCUUGGUUAUGGUUUGGCUCUCUCUCUCUCUCUCUCUCUCUCUCUCUCUCAUGUCCUACUGUUUGGGCAACUUUGUUGAUAUGGGUAAUUUAUUUUCCGUUUUCCACCUUUAUCUAGGGAAUUGUUUUUACGGUACUCAUUUGCCGUCUGUUGUAUUAUUAUUAUUUUUAACUGCGUAAACAAGAAAAGGCAUUUUUACA